CUGCGUCCAUGAACCCAUCAUCUACAUUACAUAUUUCUCCUAAUGCGAAAAGGAACUUUUUUUAUCUGAGGAAUGUGAGCCCCCUUUAAUUAUCUGGCCCACAGAGGCACUGGAAUGAAACAGCAGUCACAUCCCACUCCCACUUGAGCUAAAGACCUCUUGAAGCCAAUUGCUCUGUGGGUUCUAGACUGAUGCCAAGUAGAUAUAAAAAGCCAUGCGCUGGACACCAUAACUCUUACCCUGUAGUCCAACACUGUAUAGCCAGUCACUAAGGUUCUCUCUGGAAAGCAGUCAGAAUUCCUGCUGACUUCGUAUCAGCCUGUCCCCAAUCCAGGCAGCCAAUCCAGCCCUGUCGCCUUGUCUUUAAAAACUUGCUUGUGAUAAGGCUGAAGGAAGCACUCCCAGGGCAACUUGGUGUGUCCUGGGCAGCUCUCUCAGCCUUGGCCCAGACAAACUCUCUAUAUGAACCGUGGUUCAGUUUCUUUCUUUAGGUUGACAUCCACAUUAGGGGAGCAGUGUUGCUGGGCUGGGGAAGCUGGUUCAGGUCAGAUGUUGCACCAAGGGUGGGAGAAGGGGCGUUCCUGCAUCAGCACCCGGACGAAGCAGAGCAGCAGGUGUCCAAACCCAGGCCUGGCUCGCUCCUGCUGUGGCUCACAGCCCCCACCCCACCUGGCAGACCCCCGGAGCUGGUGACAGUGUUGCCCAGCUGGCCACAGCAGCUGGGCUGCUUAUCCCACUCACGACCUAGGGGGGAGGUGUCAAUGACCAAGCCCAGCCCCAGCUGGCUCCUGGCCACUCACUGCAGUCUCAGCUCCCACAGUCUCCACUCCCACCUCCAGCUCCUGCCAUUCCGAGGGACCUGGAGGCCAGGGUGCCCGGCGCAUGAGCAGCUCUGGGUUGUGGUCCACCCUCCACGGCAGUGACCUGAGCGCUUGUUGUCAUUAUUCACUUUAUUCACUCCUGGUUUGCUGGCUGGAAGGGAUCACACAGACAUGGCAUGCAGCGGAGCCAAUCCUGCCAGGGACUAAGGAAACAGAUGCUGGAGAAAACCAGAGACUUUGCUGGCGCUUCAGGGGGACCCCAGUUGGCUCAACGCCCCCUCUCCCCCAUAGCCAAUCACUAACCAAUGUUCUCUCUGGAAACCAGUCAUUCCUAACCUGGUGAAAGCAGGGUCAUCCCACACAGCCCAGCCACCCCGCAGGCAGCUAAAGAGUGCCCGGUGAAACGCAAGUCUGAGCGUGUCUGAGUCCCCAAGCCUUUCCGUGCCCCCUGCCGCUCUUCGGACAAGCCCCCAGCAGCCUCUGUAAUGAGCAGCCCCCGCCCUUGUCUCCUGCGCUGGCUUCCGCAGCCUGGCCACACCGGUCCUCUCGUCCAUCCACCUGACCUGAUUCUGGCAGGGCCUUUGCAGAAGCCUUUCCUCCACCCCAACCCCUCCUAUUAAAGCCUGUUCCUAGCCGGUUCAGCCCCAGCCACCAGAAGCCCCCCAGCCCCGGCCCAGCAGCUGGCCUGGGGAGCGGGGAGAGCGUAGUCUGGGCUCACGGGCUGGGGACCGGGCAGCCCCGGGCGACCAUGCAGGCCCAGAUGGGGACUCUGGCUCCGACUGUCCUGCCCCAGAGGCUCUAGGGUGGUCCCGUCUGUCUCACCCCGGGGGCGGGGAGGACGCAGACAGACCCCAGCGCCACUGCUCGGCCGCAGAUGAUGCCUUAGACCCAGGUUCUGUAGGCUCUGGCCCGAGCCCCCUCCCUCUGGGGGAAGGCGGGUGACUAGGACAGUCCACCUUGCAGGCUCGCCGGCGCGGAGCCGGGACCUCAGCCCGCACUGACUCAGCAAGGGCCGGUGGGAUUCUCCAUGGCCCUGCGAUAUCCAGGUGGCGGAGUCUCGCCUCUAAGGUCGCGCAGGGAGCAGGCAAGUGCAAGCCUGGGCUGAGCGAAACCCUCCUCGGAGUCUCCGCAGAGGGGCAAAGCGCGCCUCCCUCUGAAUGAGCAGGCGGCAGGGCGCGGGCCACGACAGGUUGCCGGUCGCGUCGCGCUCGGGACUGUCGUAAAAGGGGGCGGGACGCUCCGCUCGCGGGACUGUCGUAAAAGGGGCGGGACGCGCCGCGCUCGGGAUGACGUGAGGCUGGGGAAGCUCAUUGCUGCCGCCGGCGGCUAGCGGGCGUCCGAGCGAUGGAGCGAUACGCGGGCGCCUUGGAGGAGGUGGCGGACGGUGCCCGGCAGCAAGAGCGACACUACCAGUUGCUGUCCGCGCUGCAGAGCCUGGUGAAGGAGUUGCCCAGCUCCUUCCAGCAGCGCCUGUCCUACACCACGCUCAGCGACCUGGCCCUGGCGCUUCUCGACGGCACCGUGUUCGAAAUCGUGCAGGGGCUACUGGAGAUCCAGCACCUCACUGAAAAGAGCCUGUACAACCAGCGCCUGCGCCUGCAGAACGAGCACCGAGGUGCGCAGGGGCAGCGGGACGAGGUGCCUCCUCCUCGGGGUCUGCGCCUGCCGGCAGCUCUUGUGCUCAGGCAGGCGCUGCGGCAGAAGCACCAGGAAGCCCAGCAGGCCUGCCAGCCCCACAACCUGCCUGUGCUUCAGGCGGCUCAGCAGCGAGAACUAGAGGCGGUGGAACACCGGAUCCGUGAGGAGCAGCGGGCGAUGGACCGGAA